AUAAACGAGAGUACAUCGUUCAAAUACCAGUGUGUAUACGUCCUCAACAGAGUACAUUCAAAAAGGAAACGCUGUCGUAUUUGUGUGAGCGUUUAAACUCCGCACGCGAUACAUAGACCUUUUGAAAAUCUACAUCCAACCCAAUAAACAGAAAUAAUAUAAUUACUUCAUAUAAGCAUUUUACAGGGGUUGCAGAUUCAGUAUUACGAACUGUGCGUAAUGAACGCCCCCAACUAAAACGAGCUAUUUGCGUGCAGAUGAUCGGCGCACAAACACGCGAGACAGAAUAGUUAGCAACGGUGUGGUUUUCGUUCUUGGUUUUUCACUUGUUUAGCUAGCUAACUCAGUUUAUUCGAAACACGGAAAAGGUUACUAUCCAUGCUUCUAACCAUCGCUUACUAUAUCGUCGUAAGCGGACGUGGGAGAGAAAAGCCAGAAGGAAACUCCCCGGAUGGACAACGAGAGGGCCUAACGUGUAAACAAAGCUUUCAUCGUCUUUAUUCAACGUUAAAAUAAUGUUUGGUGCUUCAAGAUCUGGGGGUGUAAGGGGGGGGCAAGACCAAUUCAACUGGGAUGACGUGAAAGGCGAUAAACACAGGGAAAACUACCUCGGGAACUCUCUUAUGGCACCAGUGGGGCGAUGGCAGAAAGGCAAAGAUCUGACGUGGUAUACCAAAGACAAAAAAGGUGGUGUCAAGCCUAUGUCAAGAGAAGAGGAGCUUGCUGCUGUGAAGGCAGCAGAGCAAGAGGCACUGCUGGCUGCCCUAGGCCACAAGAAUAUAAAGAGACAACCAUCUGGCCUGACCAAAGAGGACCUUGCAGAUGUGUGCAGGAGGGAGGAUGCGGAAGCUGAGGACAGAGAUGUGGACAGAGUUUCUGGCCUUGGAAGCUCCGGUGCAACAUCACGGAAAAUGGUGUUCUCCCAACAGGAGAAGGAAGCUGCCAAAAUAGGCUUGUCAGUCUUCACACACCAUAAAACAGAAGGGAAGUCUGGAAACCAGGAAGCCUCUGCCAGAAAAACAUCUGCGAACACAGAGAAACAGGAUGUGGAUCAAAGACACGAUAGCAGCAAAAAGAAGGAAAAGAAGCGCAAAAAGAAGAAAAGGCAGAGAAGAGACUCUUCCUCCUCCGAUUCAGAAGAUGACAAAAGGCGCAGAAAGGACCACCGUCAUCAUAAUCCAUCAUGCCUCAGUCAGACUGGAGCCAGACCCCAUGACAGCCAUUCAAAGGGGGGACCAAAGGGUGAACGCCACCCCCUCUCCUCUCAACGACGCCAGCAGAGGCAUGACACACACUCCUCCCACAGGGAGUCCCCUGUCCCCCGCCCCCGUGCCAGCCACAAGGCAGCCCAUGCUGCUCUGACACAAAGCCACAGGCGGCGCCAUGACACAGACUCUGACGAUUAAUACCCCCCCCCACUCAAUCAGACACAUUGACGGAGAGGAGUGCUCUAGCCCACAGCAGAGCAGCUUGACUGGCCUAUGGACUGUCCUCAUGUACUUCUGGACUGGACUCAAGGGCUGUGGUUGAGAACAGUAGGUCAAUCUGUAGGCUACUCCUCAAACCACUAGCAGGCUUGUGGCCUUAUUUGAACUGACUAGGUUUUAUUUGUGUUGAAUUUUGAAUUGUUAAAUUUGUUUCUAUUGGUAUUUUAUUUUUCUGAAACAGCUCAAAUGUAUUUUAUGAUCUGUGUCUAGCUACCACUAUUCAUGCAAUUGAAUCAGGGACCACCGAAAGCAAGUUAAGUGCAUGUGUUCUUGGUGCUGAAAAUAAGUUAGUCAAUACAAACUAUUGCUGUCCAAGACAUUAAAUCCGGCGUGACACUUGCCCAUUAAAACAUGUAUUUAAAUGUGUGCCAACACCUAAAUGUUA